AUGGCCCAGCAUUGCAUUUCCAUCUAUUUCCGCCGGUCGUUUCCGGUCCUGCAUGAACCGAGCGUGCGUGCAGAUGCAACAUACUUCUUCGGCGAAGAUGGUGAAAACUUUCCCACCACUCUCGACGAACACGCGAGUAAAGAUGGCUUGACUCUCAUGAGGUCAUUUACAGUACUGACGGCCUUAUGUUCGGCCCAGUCCUUCCUCCACGCCAGGUCUACCAUUCCGCACGGCGCCGUUGUAGCGCCCAAGUUCUUGACUGCAGCGCGCCGCAUGUUCCGCGAGUACGAAGACGAAGAUCGCCGGGUCCCCGAUGCCACCUCGCUGCAGAUUCGCAUGCUGCUGUCUACCAGCCUCCAACAGCACACCGGCGAAACUGGGCUGGCGUGGCACCUCGUGGGGGAGGCGGGCCUCAUCGCCCGCCGUAUGCGCCUGUAUAGUGAGAGUGCCAUGAGCCAGUAUUCACCAUUGGAGGCAACUAUGCUCCGAAAUGCUUUCUGGGUGCUCUAUAUGGCGGAUAACUCGACAAAAUGUUUGCAGAAUCGAGCAGUCAUCCUACACGAGCCUCUGUUUGACGCCGAGAUGGAUCUAGCAGUGUCUGGGGUGAAUCAAGUAUCGCUCCUGGCAAGUGAAGAUACUGAUACCACAGCCCGGUUUGGAGUUAGUUUAUCGCAAAGCUUCCAUCAUGUGCGACGUACUUGGGCUGCCGCCGCACGCCUGAUGAUGGCAAUUCGGGCGUAUGGGCGACUUCGUUCAGACAAUAUUCACCGAGAGCUAGCCAUGGACUCGGCGCAGCUUGCAAGGAUCACGCAGAUGUAUUCAGAGUUCACUGCUUCUCUAGACGAUAUCCCCGCCAUGCUUCAGCCGUCGGUGAUAGUCGGACAGGGAGACGAUACCCUCGCGGAAGAGGAGCGGUCAUGCUACAUCUCACAGAGGUAUCGGUUAUUGUCUGCGUACUACUACGCGAAGCUCAUGAUUAUCCACGAGUGUAGACACCUUGGCUUGGCAUCGAUAAUUGGGUUUCGAGAUGAUAAUUCGACUCUUGCCAGCGAAGAGAUCAACGUGGCCCGCGACUUUAUACACAAUCUUCAGAGUGUGCAGUUUCAUUACUUGGUAGAACUGGGAGAGCCUGGGGUUGAGGUUAUGCGUGCAGUAGGGAGCAUCCUGCUUGAAAUAUCACAAAAGUCAGACAACGCCAUUAGUAGACAACGGGCACUCUCACAUCUCAAUAUUCUUCUCGACAUUGUCGCCAGGUUGGACUCACAGGCAUCGGACAAGCUAACAUCACAGUUGUCUCAUGCCCAGACCAUGGGGUUCACUGGCAUGGAACAGUCAGAAGAGACGCCGUGGUAA